AUGGAAGGUGGAAAGUCCAGGACCGAACCUAACAGAGCUGAUCCCAGCAGGUUUUCUGCCUCUGUGUUCUUCGUUUUCUUGGAGGAAUUUAGGAAACAGUUCCACAAGGAUCAUCCUGAUGUCGACAAAGCUGGCUCUGCUAAAGCUGGUUCUUCUAAAUGGAAGACUAUGUCUGAUGCUGAGAAAGCGCCUUAUGCCGCCGAAGCAGCGAGACGAAAGGCAGCUUAUUAUGAGAAUCAUGUUACAGAGAAACUAAACACUCUCAAUCCGUUUCCUACAGAAGAAUCUGAUUAG